AUGGGGAAGCCGAACAGUGAUGACAGUCAACUUUUCGAUCAGACAUCUUCAUCAUCGCCCGUCCCUCCAUUACCACCACCGCCACUCGAUUUCGAUAUGAAUUGGCAAACAACAUUGAGUCAAUCGGAGCCAAGUAUUCAAUCUCGACAAAAUCAACUCUUAAAUCGUUUACCAACUGCAGCUUAUAAUUCAUCUUAUAAAGUCUCAAUCGGACACGAACGAGUCAACAUAACCGAUCUAAGUCGGCAACGAGAUUCAUCAUCCGACCCGACCAUACCAAUGCUCAGUACUGAACGACGUCGCGUUCUUCCAUCACAAAAAGGUGCCAAUAUUCUUAGUUUGUGUUUCAUGUGUUUUGUUUCCGCAUGUUUAAUAUUAAUCGCCAUAUCGACGAUGCAUCUCAUUCUGAAAUUCAAUUCAUCAAAUAGCGCAGAUAUGAUUUCGCAAUUGCUUCUCGCAACUAAUACAACAUCAAAGUCAAUAUAUGCAUUGUCAUCUAUAGAUACAGUUUCAAGUUUGCUUCUUCCAACUUAUGAUCGUACAUUACGUGAAUUCGCGACUGUUAUUUGUUUAUUAAUUGUCGUUCUCAAUUGUUUUUGCGUGUUGAUUUUUAGCAUUGAAAUUUAUCUAGGUUGUAAUAUUGUAUCGAGUAGAAAUGAUUCACCUCGCUGUCUCUUCAGUUCAUCAACUGCACGUUUUAUUGCUAUCUGUAGUUUCUACGCAUCAAUUCCAGCAUUUAUUCUCGUUAUGUGCAUAUUCAUCUUAUUAAAUAUGUCAUUAAUACCAGCUAUUAUUUCAUUGAGUGUCUUAGGGUUUGGUUUGCUUUUUAUUCUGAUGACACUGUUAACAUAUGUUUCCUUAUGGCAGAACGUUCAUCUCAGUGGUAAAUAUGGUGGCAUAAACGCAUCGAUCUACCAUACUGUCGAUGCGACGCAUGUGUGUGACGAUGAAAUCGAUCUCGCGAAGACUGAUGAACUUUCAACACUUGUUUAA